UCUACCCCGGUUGGUCAAUCACCUUGCCUGUCUGUAUCCAAUUCUUUACCGCAGCACUCUCGGAGAAGGAGUUGCGUUUCGGUUCGCCAGGCUUUGGAGUUAGUCAGAAGAAUUAGCUUGCUGAAUGAACCUGAGAGGUGACAGAAACUGAGGGGCGAGUGAAUGUACGGUUUUGGGGAAAUUUGGUGUGUUUUGAUUACAACCUCACGCGGAACGUGUAGUAGAGUUUAUAUUGCUGACUGCAAACAAUUUAUUAAGAGUGGAUUGCGACCCAAAAAGGACUACCGUGCAGGCGUCCAGGGCUCAAACACAGUGAUGUGAUAUUGUGAUGGGAGUUUUAACUCUUGUACUCCUUGGGUGGCAUUGAGUCAUGCGGCAUUCUCUUGCCAUGACGAUUGGAGUUCUGUCAAGAUCUCUUCUAAUUGCUUGCUGCCUGAUGGGCAUCUUCUGCAACCCGACAAUCCCCCUUCCGAUGAGCCAAGAGAGGCAGGAGCAUGGCUUGACACAAAGCAAAGACGACCAAGUGUCCAAAAGCGGCCUGAGCCAGGCCACGCAAGACCAACUCAAAGAGAUCACCAGAAUUGGUAGAGAGGAGGCUGCAAAGAAUGGGAAAAAUAAGAGGAACAAAACUAGCUGGGUUAAACAGAGGCCAGGCUGGAGUAGUCAGGACCUGAGGGUCAAGAACGAGACGCCCCCAGGGGACCAGGUACAACGAAAUGAAGAGGCACCAGAGCAGAUGGAUGAGGCGCCCACCCCCGGGGCCAGUUUCACUCCUGACACCCUGGAUGAAUAUGCCUACCCAGACUACCGUGGGAAGGGUUGUUUGGACGAGAGCGGCUUUGUGUUUGCCAUUGGGGAAAAGUUCACACCGGGGCCUUCUACCUGCCCUUGUCUUUGUACUGAGGAAGGGCCCCUCUGUGCCAAACCAGAGUGCCCAAAGAUCCACCCUCGCUGCAUCCGUGUGGAUACCAGUCAGUGUUGCCCGCAGUGUAAGGAGAGGAAAGAUUUCUGUGAAUUCAGGGGCAAGACCUACAAGUCUCUCGAAGAGUUUAAGGUUUCUCCCUGUGAACAGUGCCGUUGUGAGUCUAGUGGGGAGGUGCUGUGCACACUUGCAGCGUGUCCACAGACUGAAUGUGUUGAUCCAGAAUACGAGCCUGAACGGUGCUGCCCUAUGUGCAAAAACGGGCCAAACUGCUUUGCAGAUAACGCAGUAAUACCAGCCGGCCGGGAAGUGAAGAUCAACGGUUGCACAAUAUGCUACUGCACGUAUGAAGAAGGCACUUGGAGGCUUGAACCACAAGCCACUUGCAGCAAACACGAAUGCAAGCUAAGCUAGAUAUCCACUUCAGACACAGAACACAGCAGGGGUAGUGACGUCAUUAUUCAAAUGUAUUCCCAGCCACGGUCUGUAAGAGUUUGAUGGCCUGACAAGUAGCAACAGCAAUGCCUGGUGAUCGAAUAAUGUUCAUCUUAAAAUUGUAAGCGCCUAAACUUUCUAUUCAUUUUAGUGGACUGUUAAAAGAGGCAGUGUAAAACUAUUUUAAUAUGAUGUGAAGUUAGGGAACAUAAAAAAAAAAAAACUUUUAGAAUGUAAAGAAUGAAUGACUUUUACAAAAUUACCAAACCAUUCCCUGUAUUUAAAUUGGCACCACUUAUAUUUAUAAUCAGUCAGCUAGAUUCUCAAAGCGAUUUACUCCUAAUCGUCAUUUGCACAUUUUUUUCAUCAAGGAAAAAACUGAAAUAAAUAACUCAGACAUUUAAUGUAGGGGUCUGUAAAUUGUUUAUUACUAGUUUUACAGUAGCAUUUCAAUUGGUGUUUUUGCUUCAGAAAAAUAAUUGUGCUUCUGAUGAUUUGGAGAAUCUAGCUCAGUUUGUGUAAGUUGUCCGACUGAAUUUCAGCCACCAUAAGUAUUUAGUACCAGUACACACAAAAAGGUUUGCUUGACUAUUAGGGAUGUGCAGGAAAACAAAUACAGUAGUUUGUACUUCACCACUUCACCUUUAAGUUUGUAUUGUUUUUACUUUUCAAUGUUUUAAUUACACUGUUUGUUUCAAAGGGAAUUGUAUUUUUUUUUUUUCAUUUCUUAAUAGCGUGUUCCCUUUCAAGUACGAAAUGUAAUCAUCAAAGCAUGAGUAUUUACCUCCUAAAGACCCGAAACCUGAAUAAGAUAUAUGAAAGCUGCUCGACGAGCCUGUGACGCAGUCAUCGGCCACCCCCGAGGACAUAAAAACACUGCGGUCACAGACCUCAACGCCAUUUUUCCUUUCAAGAACUGACCAGACAGGACAGCUGUUUUAGAUAAGUAUGUGUUACUUUUUCUGCUAUAUAUUUAGCAUUUACUGUGUUUUACACAAUUUAUAUGUGAUAUUAAAAAUAAUCGCUGUAUUAGUUUUACUAAUUGCACGUAUUUGUGCACUACAGCCUGUUGUUUGUUACUUUCCACUGCAGCCUUUUGCCCCGUGUGAAGCCAGUGGCUCCAGUCACUUCUUCCCAGUGAUCAAGCAACAUAAGUCGGCUGACUUUGUGCUGUCCCCCCAGGCUGCAGUAGCUCCGGCUGGAGUUAUUUAUUUCUCUUUGGCUUUGGCUAAAAUUACGAGACGGUUUGCGUAUUUCAUGUAGUUUGUUGCAAUUACUGUAUUUUGUUGAGAAAUGUUUUUUUCUCAAUCUAUUUUUUUCUGUUUUCACAGAGACUAAGCGCAGGCCUGUGGGCAACGUGGUGCUGCGAGCACAUAUGUAGUGACAGCAGCUGCUGGGUUCCGCAGCACUAUGCAGGACCAAGGUACCCCGGUACCGUACCAUGCUGACCCAGUGCUAAAGUCACAGAACCGGUACCAAACCGACCUGGUGUCAUCCCGCUGCUGUCCCAGCAACACGAUACCGACUGGUGCUUACUCCCCUGGUCCGGUACCAGACCAGUCUUGUUUGGGUCUUGACCCGCCCGGUUGAGGUCUAUAAGCAGAUUGAGGCAGCAUUUGUACAUCUAUAUACUGCACACUGCAUUGCUUGCUUCUUGUAUCAUGCCUGGGUUUUUAUCCCUGUCAGACAUGCAAGGCCAGUCUGCCUGUUGAAGACAAGCACGGCAGAUGCACUUCCUGACUAGGGCCAGAGCACUCCAAGGAGGCACUGACGAACCGCUGUUUCUGUGAAUUUCUGGAGAAACGUCUCUCCCGCAGCUCUACAGACUGCUAUGUGUUCCUCACUCCUGCACACCGCUCUUCUCCAGCACCCUCUGGUAGAGAGGUGGCUGAAUCCUCACCCCGUGGCUCUGUGCCAAGGGAGACCAGACGACGCACCCAGGAAAGUAGCCCACGCAGGAAGCCAUCUUCACGGUGUUUCUCAUCUUCUUUUGCCUCUCCUUCUCCCCCAAGGAAGAGGAAGUGUCGCCGGUCCAAGCGAUUGGCCAACUCGGAGCAGAUGGAAAAGCUCUGGUCAGUUUCAUGUUUCCCACCAGGAACGGUGCUCACAGUGUUAAGGGCUUUGCCAACUGGAUCUGUUCCGUCAUGCGUUUUUAACAUGCGUAAUCAUGAUGCGUCAAUUAAUUUAACAAGCACGUACAUUCCCUAUUGCACCUUGCACACUGAGUCCAUACGACGUACACACGACGGUGAUGCGUCAGUUUUGGAAUCGAAACAAUUUUAUCCUUUUUGACAUGCGUUAAAAAUGACAUUGACCAAUGAUAAUCAUUUUGGAAGACGUGGUUUCUUGAGGUUCCCUGAACAAAAUGGAAAAACGAAUUGUGUGUGUUGCCAAACAAAUGAAUCCAACAAAUAUUGAAAAAAAGAAAACAAAUGGAAAGACAUUGCCGUGGACUUGUGCAUGAAUGAUAUGUAUUAUAAAACAUGAAAUUAUGAACAGAUAGCAUACAUAAUCACAUGGAUUUUGUGCAGUAUAGGUUAUUACAAGCAUAUACUUUUUCCUUGAAUUGAAGUCGAGGAAGUAAAGAAACAAUGGCUUAACCUGGAGACACAUAUCAGAGAAAGAAGCGUGACAGGGCAACCAAGAGCGGUCAGGGUUUAACAGUCAGAAAAUAGGGGCAGUACAUGAAAUUGAUGGAAUUUUUGGCUCCAUACACAGAGUGUAGAAGGUCAUUAUGGUAAAGUAUUUUUGAUGGCUCAUUGCUGGCUUCCCAACUUUUAGAUAUAUUUAUUACAGGAGUGAGUGUUUGAAAUAAAAUAUUGGUCAUAUGGUUUCUGAUGCUAUGACAACUGUAUGCAGUUGUGUAAUAUCAUAUAUUUGUAUGUAUUGCUUAACAACAUAAUGUAGAUCUAGUAGAAACGUAAUAAUUAGCAAAUGUUUUAACUUCCAUCAACGUGCACUAAAGAAUAAAGUGGUUUAUGAUUAGCGUUUGCUGAUCAUUAAAUUUAUACUACACUUAACAUUUUUAUGUUCAAAGUUAUGUAAGAAUUAACAACUGAACUGUAUUUAUUUUUAUUAAAAUACUUAAACUAGGUAUAUUUACUACAAAGCCUCCACUGCACAUCAGUGCUCUGAAGUAUGAUAUUAACGCCUUUAGUGUGCAAUGGAUUGAUGCACGUUUUUUAUUGCAUGAACGUUUGGCACCGCCUGCCCUGCCUGUCUGCCUGGGGCCCCAAGGGGCUACAAGCACAGAUUGUCAACAGGAGGACAUGCUGUCCAUUGCCGCCUCUGAGGGGAGCGAACAGGAGUUGGCAUUCCCAUUGAGGACAUGGAGAUCGACGGCACAUCCCCUGUGGUUAAACGCUCCCUGUCAGCAGAACUUCUACCGCUGAUCAAGAGAGCCACUGCAGUCUUGCAAGUGCCCUAGCCUACACAAGAUGAGACAAGGCAGUCCAUCUUUUGAUGAUCAGCGUACCACCUUUCCCAUGUCCACCCAAACCCCCCCCCCCCACCCCCGCCCCAGUGCAACAAGAUUUUUUUUUGAGAUACAGUUGUCCUGGGAUCAUCUAGCUACAGCUCCUGCUGUUUCCCGAUCUAUGGACCCCCUAUAUAGGGUGCAUGAUGCGGAGAAGCUGGGCCUGGCCCAAUUUCCUCCGGUGGAGGCUUCAGCUGCUGCUUUGGUAGACGCUCCUGUCCAAGGACACUAUCUGCCCCAACAAGCAGUGCCAGUUUCUCGGAGGUGACCUUCAAGCGUGCCUAUUCAGCUAGUGCUUUCGCCCCUCACUAACAGUCACAGACCCUCACCAGAGCAGCUGAAUGAGCUGUGCCUGGUUAACAAGAACCUGUGUAUCAAAACGGAACGGGCAGGCUGUAGGCAAGAAGCUGGCUGCACUAGUACCCUCAAGUUGCUCAUCUGGUAAAAGCGCUCCAUGUGGAGAGCAGGAUGUGCCCUAUAGCCUGGAGGUUGCAGGUUCGAGUCCAGGCUAUUCCACUGCUGACUGUGGACGGGAGUUCCCAGGGUGCGGCGCACAAUUGGCCAAGCACCAUCCGGGGGGAGGGUUUAGCACACCAGCGACCCCUGUAAGCUGCCCAGAGCUGCAUUGUCCUCUGACACUUUAGCUCUGGGGUGGCUGCAUGGCGGACCUGCAGAGUGAAAAGAAGCGGUUGGUUGACGGCACACAUUUCGGAGGACGUGUGUUCGUCUUCGCCGCUCCCGAGUAGGCGGGGGGGUGGUAGCGGUGAGCUGAGCCUAAAUACAAUUGGCCAUUUCAAAUUGGGAGAAAAACAGGGUAAAAUCAAUUGGCGACUACUGAAUUAAAAAAAAGCUAUCGUGCUGGCUGCACUGAUAGCUGCACGCAUGGUUUCCCUAUUACACUGGGGCAUAUGUUUGGUCCAGCGGUGGAAGAGAUGCUGCAGCACUCUCAUCUCGUGUGGGAAUCUAUGAAGGAGCUGGUUCACAUGCUUCCCAAGUGACCACCUCCAGUGCAUAAACCAGUAGCAAACUGGCACCCAAGGCCCCAGCAGUCUCAAAGACCGGCAGACCGGCUGCACCUGCAGCCAGAGGUGGUGUUCAGAACCAGCCCAUGGCUGCUCGCCACGGAGGCUUUAAUAGGUUCAAACCGGCUACUCUCUGCAGUUCAAGUAUGGUCCCCCUCCCUUUCGGGGCAUGACUACAACAUCAGUUACGGACCCGCAAGAUACCACAGAGGUGUCUCAGGAGGUAGAAGCUCUGCUGCAAAAAGUGGCUAUUCGCACGAUAGACUCCCUCCAGUUGGAGGAAGGGUUCUACUCCAGGUACUUCCUAAUGCCCAUGCUGGAUGGGACCAAUCCUUGACCUCAGACAGGUCAACCUGUAUCUGAGCCGAAGGAGGUUCAAAAUGUUGACAAUGCAACAGCUGUUGCAGUCAAUCAAGCCAGGUGACUGGUUCACCACGGUGAACCUCAAAGAUGCCAAUUUCCACAUCCCCAUAAAAUGAUUGCACAGGAAGUAGCUGAGGUUCGCCUUUCAGGGAACAGCGUACAUGUUCCAUGUCCCAAGGAAUUAGUGCUCAUUUGUGCCCAGUCUCCAGCACAAGCAGAGGCCCACACAGAACUUGUCACCAUCCACCUUCAACGGCUGGGCCUUAUGGUGAAUCAUAUGAAGAGCCAGCUCACGCCUUCUCAGGCAGCCUGAGUGUGCUUGGAUUACAGGUUCAUGCUUUCCACUCUGUUGGAGGGCAGAGUGCCAAGAAUAGCCGCCUGUUUAGAGCUCUUUCAGCUCAACAGAGUGCUCACUGUAGUGACAUUCCAGAGAAUUCUGGGCUUGAUGGCAACAGCUUCCCAGACCCUUCCAUUGGGUCUCCUGUGCAUGCGCCCUCUGCAGGCCUGGUUUAACAGCAGGGUUUUUCAGCCCACGCUGAACUGCGACUGCCUAUUGACAGUGUCUCGUCACUGUCUAAAGGCACUGUCUUGGUGGAAACAGCCUGCCCAUCUAUGCCUCGGCGUAGUGCUGGGCAGUGAAACCAGAAGGGAGGUCGUCACCAUGGACGCAUCCAGGCUGGGCUGGGGCGCUGUGUGGAAAGGCAGAGAGGUGCAAGGAGUGUGGAACCCCCCUUGGCAUUGUCUUCACAUCAAUGCUUUGGAGCUGCAGGCAGUUUACCUGGCCCUGCAGAUUUUUUUGCAGGAGGUUUGAGGGAGACAUGUGCUUGUCCGUACAGACAACACAACGGUAGUGGCUCACGUCAACCACCAGGGCGGCCUCAGGUCGCCCAGUCUCCAUCAUGUGGUCCGUGAGCUUUUGCUCCUGGCACACGAGAACCUCCUCUCACUACAGGCAGUGCACCUGCCUGGGGUGAUAAACUGAGCAGCAGACCUCUUCUCAAGGAGAGUUCCCAGCACCUCAGAGAAGGCUUCAUCCUGAGGUGGUGAGGCACAUUUGGGAGAGGUUCGGAAGAGCAGAGAUAGAUCUCUUUGCCUCCCAAGAAAUCAACCCACUGUAUGCUCUGGUCCUCCAUAAUAGGAGGCGGGGACCCGCUGGUCAAGGCAACUGUUAUAUCGCCAUGCUCCCGCUGUGCCUGGAGAAAAUCAGGCAGGACAGGGCCAAGGUGCUCCUACUAGCCCCUUACUGGCCAGGAGACCCUGAUACAGCUCCUGAGUGGCCAGCAGUGGAGACUGCCCAAGCGCCGCAACCUGCUCAGUCAGGCACGGGGGACUUUAUAGCAUCCCGACAAAUUGAGCCUGCAGCUCUGGGUCUGCAGCUCAGAGCACUCUCCACAUGUUCCCAGUAUGGGUGCAAGUGGGGUGUUUUUCAGACGUGGCAUCUGCCUCAUGGGUUCAACCCCACGACCUGUCCCAUGGCAGUUGUACUUUAGUUUUUGCAGGACCUGUUUGAUGUGGGGAAAUCCCCCUCUACAUUAAAGGUCUAUCUGGCAGCUAUUUCAGCUUGCCAUGUCAAAAUUGACUCGGUCUCCCCAGGAGCUCACUUCCUGGCAGGGUCAUUUUUGAAAGGGGCUCAGUGGCUUUGCCUGCCUAUGAAGGACAUUGUACCUCACUGGAGGUUAAACGUGGUGCUUAAUGCACUCAGAAGCCUUUUGAGCAUUCAGCUGAGCUGAAAUAUUUGCCGCUCAAAGCCGCUUUCUUGCUUGCUAUCACCUCCGCAAAGUGAGUGAGUGAGAUGCAGGCAUUCUCUAUUGCAAAAGCCUGCUUAAUUUGUACAGAGGCCAGGACAAAGGUUACACUCUGUACCAAUCUUGCCUUUUUGCUAAAGACAAUCUCUGCAUUUCAUGUCAACCAGUCUGUGGAAUUGGAGGCUUUUCAUCCACCUCCUUUCCAGUCUGACAGGGAGCGACAGCUCCAUACUUGCUGCCCUGUGCGGGCCCUGCCAUAUUAUGUUGACAGGACAAAAAGUUGGAGGCAGCCAGGACUGCCAAUGAGCUGGCCAAAUGCACCCUCAAGAGAAGCUCACUGCCCAUUCCACCAGGGGCAUGGCAACUUAAUGGGCUUAUUCCAGGGUGCGUCUGUCAAGGGCAUUUGCAAUGCAGUGGUGUGGGCUACUCACCAAUACCUUUACUGGGUUCUACAGACUUGUGGAUCCUCAAAACCCUGGUUUUGGAACUAGAGCGUUAAGGGUGGCUUCUCAGUCGACCCUUACAACACAGACAUAGAGGGGAGUUUCUCCCUCAAUUUUUUAACCCUAGCCACUUGUUACUGGGGUUCCAUAUGGUAAUGUACAAGGCAGCCUCUUGGCUUAGCCUUGUAGCAUUCCAGUUGUUCUGCAAUAUUGCCCUUGCUACGGCUUUGGUACACUUACCCAUGCGGUAAUGGUUACAUUUCAUACUUGAAAGGGAACAUUAGGUUAUUGUCAUAGCCCUGGUUCCCUGAAAUAGAAAUGUAACCAUUAACCUUUAAGGUCACUGCGUCCAUGAUUGCAGCAGGCUGAAGGAAAAAAGACAUUGAGGUCUGUGACCGCAGUGUUUAUGUCCUCAGGGAUGGGCCAUGACUGCGUCACAGGCUCGUCGAGCAGCUUUGAUAUAUCUUAUUCAGGUUCCGGGUCUCUAGGAGAAAAAUACCCAUGCGGUAAUAGUUCCAUUUCUAUUUCAGGGAACGAGGGUUAUGAUAAUAAACUAACGUUAUGCUGAGUUGUUUGGGCACGUGGUACAAUAAUCUUUGCCUUUGAGCCAGAUCAUUCCUGCAGUACCUGUGUUACCUAUAAGGUAAUGUAUCCGUGUGGUGGUGAUUCUGAAGAUUUUGAUGGAAUGUAGAAAUUAUUUUGUACGGCAGUACAAAAGAUGAAGGGUCUAUAUAUAUAUAUAUAUAUAUA